UGCCAUCUGAGGGGAUGCGAUCCCAUUCCUACUAUAAAUAUGGUCUCCCAUCGCAAUAAGUUUUAUUGUCAUCCCAAAACAGUUCCUUACAACCAUUACUUAGCCAAAUAUCAUUCAGAAUGUCGACUCAGGUGGUCCAAAGCCGCGGAAUCUUUCAUGGGCUGCCUGUCUUCCCUGAAAACGUCAAGGGCCUCACAGCCGUCAUUACAGGCGCAAACGGCAUAUCGGGCCAGCAUAUGCUCCGCGUUUUAUUGCAGUCCCCAGAACGAUGGAUGAAGAUAAUCUGCAUUUCGCGCCGUCUCCCGUUCAUGAAGGACGGCGCGGUACCUGGAGUUGUAGAACAUAUCGCUCUUGAUUUCCUCGAUACGCCGCAGGCGAUUGCCAAUGUCUUGCGUGAACGCGGUGUCAAAGCGGACUAUGUUUUCUUCUUCUCUUACGUCCAAGUGGACCCAGAGCCUGGAGCUCCAAUUUGGUCAAAUGCACAAGAACUUUGUCGCGUAAACACGUUGCUUCUCUCAAACUUCCUCGAGUCACUCGCUCUUAACUCCAUUAAGCCGCGCCGCUUCAUGCUUCAAACAGGAGCAAAGCAUUACGGAGGACAAUUUGGUUCGAAUCUCGCUCCUCAGGAGGAGUCAGAUCCAAGAGUUCUACUGGAACCCAACUUCUACUACGACCAAGAAGACUGUCUAUGGGCUUACUGCAAAAAGCAUGAUAUAAAAUGGAACGUCAUUCGCCCCGCCUUUAUUCUAGGGGCUGUUCCUGACGCCGCCAUGAAUGUCUGCUUUCCUUUGGCGGUAUAUGCAAGUGUCCGCAGGCAUCUCGGUCAGCCGCUUGAUUUCCCAUAUGAUCUCACUGCUUGGGACAUGAGCGUCACCCAGAGCAGUGCAUUACUCAACAGCUAUCUUGAAGAAUGGGCUGUGCUUACAGACGGCGCUGCUAAUGAAGCAUUUAAUGCUAGUGACGACGGCAUUUUUACGUGGAGCAAGUUCUGGCCUUUGCUUGCCAGUUGGUACGGUCUGGACUAUAUUCGGCCAGAUGAUGAGGGUAAAUAUAAAGACCUCAUCUUGCCUCAUAACCCGCCUCCCCGAGGCUACGGUCCCCCAGGCAAGAUACGUUACAGAUUCAGUUUGACUGAGUGGGCCAAGCAACCUGAAGUCACCCAGGCUUGGAAGGAUAUUGCCCAACAGAAUGAUCUCUCCGUCAAAGAACUUCAUGACGUUGAUCGUAUCUUCGGCUUUACCGAUUUUGCUAUGAGUGUAUCUUGGCCUGGCGCAAGUCUCAGCAUGGCCAAAGCACGAAAGCUAGGGUGGCAUGGGUAUGUCGACUCAAACGAGUCUGUGCGUGAGGUGCUUUUAGACUUCGAGAAGCUAGGUAUGAUUCCGCACGCACCUGCCCUUGCGCAGAGCGGUGCCCCAGCCAAUACAGCAAGUUCAUUGACGGAGGGUUAUGCACCAGAAUGGCUCGAGCUUGAAAAAACACUAGGGACCCGUCCUCUUCUGACAGGCACUGUGGAAGAGAUGCAGGGACAGUUUGCAGCUCUUUCUGCGUUGCUCAGCGCUUCACAAACUCCCCCCGAUGACACUAUUGAAAGUAAAGAUGAAACCGCAGAUGGUAUACCUGUUCGCAUCUACAAGCCCAAAGACGCAGCUAGAACAAAGCUCCCUAUCGUGGUUUACUACCACGGGGGGGGGUUUGUGCUCGGAAAUCUUGACACCGAGGAUGCAUGGUGUCGAUAUCUUGCUAAGACCACCCCAUCCAUUGUUGUAUCUGUUGAUUACCGCCUGGGGCCCAAGUUCAAGAUGCCAGUAAUGCUCGAGGACAGUCUUACUGCAUUCAAAUGGGUAUAUGCCAAUGCUGAGACGCUUGGAGGUACUAAAUCCAGGAUCUUCACCGCUGGUACAUCCGCUGGCGGCGGUCUGGCUCUACUUGUCACAGAUGCUCUUAUCCAAGAGGGUAAAAACUCUCACGUUAAGGGAGUUAUAACCGCUGUCCCUAUAACUGCACACCCAUUAUCUAUACCGGAAGAAUACAAAUCUCAGUAUACAUCAUAUGAAAAGAAUGGUUCUGGUGUUCCUGUGGCCGACGCCUCAACAUUAAAUACGUUUUUUGAGGCAGCUGGCUGCAAAUAUGACGAUCCAAUGACUUUUGUGACGUUGUCACAAAACUUGUCACAAUUUCCUCCAACAUACAUCAGCACUUGUGGAAAAGAUCCGCUGAGAGACGACGGCAGAGUGCUAGAGGCUAUGCUGAAAAGAGAAGGUGUCAAGACCAAAUCAGACAACUAUAUUGGCCAACCGCAUUGCUUCUGGUUAUUCCCAAAUGUGAAUGGGGAGGAGUUUUUGGCUAAUGUAGUAAAGGGAGCUCAAUGGGUCGUGUUAAAUUCAGAGUAG